AUGGUACAAUCAAACGGAAGCAUCACAGGAACAAUUCUGAAGGCUCGCUUCGGCGAUGACGUUCGGAAAACGUCCCUUCAUCAUAGUAAUGAUUUGACACUUGUCGACUUGAUUCUCACUGCUCAGCGAAUUUUCCGCAUCUCGAACGAGAAGACCAUUGUUCUCAAGUACAAGGAUUUAGAUGGCGAUUUGAUAACGCUUUCCGAGGAUAGUGAUUUAUUACUCGCGCUUCAUCAUGAAGCUGCUCGUACCGGGGUUCUAAAUGUCGAAGUUUUUGUUGAUUCCAAGGUUCAUGAUGUGAUUCGAAGCGUCCAACAGCAAGUUGACCAAAUUAAGCAAGACAUUGCCCAGCUUCUUUCCACAGUUUCCUCUCUGGACAAUCUCUCUAGCGAAUUCGAGAAUUUGACUGUCGCUUCGAAAUCGACGAUCAGCGCGCAACAGGAGGAGUUCAUUGCCAAGAACUUUGAAGCUCCACCAUCCCCAGUUCCAUCGGAGAGACCGGAAAUUCCUGCCACGAUUCAGCCGUCGCUUCAAGAACAGGUGCUCAGCGAGAACCAUCACGCUCCGCUUGAGGAAGAGAUUCCAUUGGAGAGCUCGCACGAUCAAUCAAAUCAUGAUUCGCUGAACUCGUCGUUCAUCCAGCCACCGCCACAACAGCAACCGUCCGCGGGUGUACCGCCUUCGAAUCAAUUCGCGCCGCCACCAACGUCGAUUCCGUCGUUCCCGACUUCCAAUGCCGGCCCGCCACCACCACCACCACCACAGCAGCAGCAGCAGCAACAACAACAACCACACGAGGUGCACCAAUUCGCUCCACCACCGCCAACACCACAGAGUUUCCAACAAGGACCGCCGUCGCAUUCGUCAGUUGCUUCGACACCGGUCUCGCAACAACAUCAGCCGCAGUAUGCUCCUCCACCACAACAAUACGCGCCGCCAGCUGACCAACACCAACAGCCGCCACAAAACUAUGGAGCCCCACCACUACCGCCACCAUCGCAGCAGCCACAACAGCAAUUUGCGCCACCACCACCACCACAAGGAAUGCCUGGAUCGUUCCCGCCACCACAGCAGCAGCAGCAGCAGCAACCACCACAGCAGGGUGGAUUCGCCCCGCCGCCAAACUCGUUCCCGCCAGCGGGAGCUCCUGGUAGCUUUGCGCCACCACCGCCAGGAGGACCUGGAGGAUUCGCGCCACCGCCACCACCGCAAGGUGGACCGGGAGGAUUCGCGCCACCACCAGCCGGAGGACCUGGAAGCUUCGCCCCACCACCACCAGGAGGACCUGGCUCGUUUGCGCCACCACCAGCCGGUGGACCCGGCGGAUUCGCCCCACCACCAUCUGGAUUCGCGCCACCGCCAUCCGCCGCUGGAGGCAAUCCGUUCGCGAGAGGACCGGCGUUCCGCCAAUCCCCAUAUCACCAUGCGAUGAUCUCGCGGAAAGCGGCGCUGUUCGUCGGCCUUAUAUUGACGAUUUUUGUGAUUUUUUCAAUUUUCGACCAGCAGCCGAGUGUGGAGUUGAUUCCAUUCGAGACCCUUCAAUGUCAGAAGAUGUUUGACGGCGACGAGGAGGCGCUCAUGAGAGGCGCCAAUUUUAAAUUCAACGAUUCGCGCAUUAUUGAGAUGAUUGAGGAGUCGAGUGAUCGAUGCGCGACAUUUCAGUCGAUUUUCCAAUUCUUCACGAGACCCAUUACCGACGAGGAGCGCAAUUUCCCGUUGGCCUAUGGGAUGUUGGUUCAUAGCAAUUUUGUGCAGGUUUCGCUGCUUCUGUCCGCCAUUUAUCAGCCGCAAAAUCAAUUUUGCAUUGCGAUCGACGGGAAAAGCAGCGAGCAGUUCAAAAAUCGUCUCAAAAUGCUCGCCGACUGCUAUCCGAAUAUCCGCGCGUUCACGGUUGAGCGAAUCGAAUGGUGCGGCUACGAGAUUCUCACGUCGGUGUUCGAGUGCGUCGAUUAUUUGGCGCGUUUGGAAAGCGACUGGAAAUAUUUUCAGUAUUUGUCUGGCGUCGAUGCGCCUUUAAAGUCGAACAUCGAGAUGGUGCGAAUUUUGGCGUCGUUGAACGGCUCGUUCAACGCCGAAGUCGAUCCGUUCGAGUUUUAUCGAUUGAAACGCAAAAAUAGACGCAACUCACCGCUUCCAUUGUUCAAAACCAGUCUGUCGGCGACGUUUUCGCGAAAAUCCGCCAAUUUUAUGGUGAAUAGUGAGAUUGUGCGGCGUCAAAUCGAGUUCCUGAGAGGCACGCUGUGCGCCGACGAAUCGCUGUGGGCGACGAUCGCCGGCAAUCCCGAGCAACUGCGAAUGCCGGGCGGCUUCGACGCGAAAGCGUACGUCGAAGCGAACUUCCGCAAUCAUUUUCCGAUUCAUCCGAUUCACGACGUCAUCGUUGCCAGCCAAUUCUACAACAUCACCAGCUAUUAUAUUUCGAGAUAUCAGCAAUAUUCGACGAGACCGCCGGCGAGGUGUAAAGGAUAUUAUUAUAGGCUCUCUUGCGUGUUCGGCGUUCGCGAUCUUCCGCAUUUGGUCAGACGGCACGAGUUGGUUGCGCACAAGCUCUACUUCGACUUCCAGCCGGCCGCAUUCCUUUGUCUUAUUGAGAAUUCGCGACGAAAAACGAUGAUGAUGUCGACGAACUUCACCGGAAUCGAGUAUUCGAGAAUUAAAGGCGCACCGACGAGCUCGAAUAUUUAUUGA